AAAUGAAAUUGUGACCGUCGGAUCAUCACCCACUUACGUUAUCGUCUUAGCCGCUCCUUUAAUAGGACCGAAUGGGUUUCUUUAGCGCCGUCUGAGGGCUCUUCUCACUCUCUCUCUAAUCUUAUCAGUCGCGUUCCACUACCUAAACCCUAGCCAAGAUGAAUGUGGACAAGCUUAAGAAGAUGGCUGGUGCCGUUCGCACCGGUGGGAAAGGUAGCGUGAGAAGAAAGAAGAAGGCCGUACACAAGACUACUACCACAGAUGACAAAAGGCUUCAGAGCACUCUAAAGAGAAUAGGAGUCAAUGCUAUCCCUGCAAUUGAAGAAGUCAACAUCUUUAAGGAUGAUGUUGUCAUCCAGUUCAUUAACCCCAAAGUUCAAGCAUCUAUUGCUGCCAAUACUUGGGUCGUCAGUGGAUCUCCUCAGACAAAGAAAUUGCAGGAUAUUCUUCCUAGCAUCCUUAACCAAUUGGGACCAGAUAACUUGGAUAACUUGAAGAAACUAGCAGAGCAGUUCCAGAAGCAGGCACCUGGUGCCGCUGGUGCUGGGGAUGCAGCAGCACAAGAGGAUGACGAUGACGAUGUUCCAGAGCUAGUUCCUGGGCAGACAUUUGAAGCAGCCGCAGAAGAAGAGAAGGCUCCUGCAUCUUAAAGAGGAUUAAGGGGGGAUUUUGUGCCAUUUUUAUAUAAUUAAAAUGUUGCUCAAAUUCUAGCUUUUUGUUUUUACCUUCUUUUUUCACAUCUUUUUUUUUUAUGCUUAUUUCAUCCCCAAUUUGAGUCACUUAAAUGCUUUCUCUGAUUCCUCCUUGUGACACACACUGUUAGUAGUUACUCUUCCUUUUUUUGGCAUGUUUA